AUGGCUACUACUCUUGUGUAUCAGCAUUCCCUGGGAGAAGACAUCGCUCAUCAGUUGUCUCAAAGAUCCAUGUCCAAAGACAAGCGUUCUCCGGAUCAACCAGCUCCAUUCAAGGGCGAGUUCUCCUUCGUCAACAAGGAUGCCGGCAAUAUUGAUUCCAAAGACCACAAUGCUGCCGUGUCCUGGCAUGUGAUGAACCGCUAUGAGCGUUGGAAGAAGCAGGAGCAAGCGAAAAAGCUACGAGCGUCUGCUAAUGUUCCCGUGGGGCCACUCUCCCCUCCUUCACAGCAGCCACAACAGAGACAACCCCCGCUGCUGCGGUCGCCGCCUCAGCAGCAACAACAGCCAUCACAGUCACAACCGCAGUCUGUAUGUCCAGAUCCCUUUGUGAAUCCUUACAAUAGAGCGCCGUUGACACAUGCUUCACAGUCAAGAGCUAACCCCCCAGCUCCGUUUGGAUUUGAUCCAUGGAUGACCGAACAACCUCUUCAGCUUGGCUAUCCUGGAAUCAGCUCUGGUCAAGCGUCAAGUAGCGGACUGCCAACGUCGACCACAUCGACGCCAUCGGCACAUUCGAGCAUGAUCGAAGAUGAUCCCACUUCCCUCUUGAGUUCGUCCAGCAGGCCGUUAGACCCCGGCGCAAGCUCGUUCGAACCGACAUCCUUAACCAUGACUCCACUGGUUAACAGUCUUAUAGCGUUCGCCUACGAAGUAUUCAUCCCUCAAAGCUGGCCGAGAGAAUCAGACAAAAGCGAAGGGUCAUACGAGAUCGCCAGAAGUUGGGACGACACAGCUCUAAUCAAUCAGGAUGCUUGUUACGCCAAUGCAUAUCUGAGCCUUUUGGCAGCCGCCAUGAGCGUUCUCACCGAGGACGAAAGCCUCGCCUAUCAAUCCCGAUAUUUUCAAGGUCAGGCCAUGACAGAGUUGAGGCAGCGGGUGGCUCGCCCUGGACCGCAAGACCUAGCCACCCUCAAAGCCAUCCUGAAGCUCUUUUCGUCCGAAACGCUUGUCGACAACACCUCGAUCGCGCGCAUGCACCUCAAAAUGCUGCGAAACCUCGUCAACGCAGCCGGCGGAGUCAUUCUGUUAGAUGCCUGGUUUCGGGAAGACUUACUCUCCUGCGACUGCUACUUUGCUCUCAAGUACGAGACUCGCCCACUCUUCCCGUCGUCAGAGUGGACUCCCGGGCCCUUGAGUCAGCCCUGGAAGGCUCGCUUGCUUUCCGCAGGGGUUUUUGGAGACCACGCCGCCACCAUUGAUCCGCUGGUCGAGCAUCCCAUCAUGAAAGCGGUGAUUACUGACUUACGGGAGCUUUUCAAAGCGCAAGAGUACAUCCAGACACACGACGUUCCCAGCGAUGAUCAACUACUAAGAUGGAAGCAACUGCGCAAGUUCGACUGCAUCUCGCGUCUCGCAGACCAUUACGUGAAUGUAGCGAUAUAUCCUCACCUGUUUCAGCGGCCCGUGACACAGGCUUACACUUGCGUUGCGACGGCAUUGAUGACGGCCAUGGUCUUGGGCUCACCGGAACCGACGCGAUUCGGGCUCAAGCUCAUCACGGAUCUCCGCAAGAAGCUGACAGAGAGUGCCUCUGAGGAUGACGCCGCGCAAUUCCGACGACUGCGACUGUGGGCGCUGUAUGUGGGUUCACUGGCGGAGAAAGUGCAUCCCGUGAGCGCCGCGGAGGAGCGCUGGUUCCACGAUCGCUACCAGAGUCUAUCCACCAGUAUGGGGGUGUCAGGUUGGGAGGACACAAGGAAAGUCGUCAGGCAAUUUCUUUUCUCCGACAAGCUUCAUCAGGAGAUCGAAUCUGGAAGAGCCCAUCGGGUGGCCGAUGCUAGGCAAGGCCUCUAUACUGCGUCGGGCUGCAGCUGGCGAGAGCCCUGGUCAGAUACCAAUAUUGGCGUGCCGGAAGUCGAAGAGGGUGUUGGCGCGCCGGUGUCUGUGGGCAAGCGGCGUGUGGACGAUGAUUAA